AUGUUGUGGGGUGGGACUCUGGAAGCAGAGAAAGGGACUGAUCUUGGGGCAGAGUACAGAAAUGUGGUGGCUGAAAUGGUGGAGUUGAUUGGGAAGGGAAAUAUUUCCGACUUUUUUCCUUGGCUUGCCAGGUUUGAUGUGCAAGGAAUUGCGAGGCGUGCGAAGCAGCUUCUAUCUGUGACUGAAAAGAUUCUCAACUCUGCCAUUGAAAAGCAGAUGAGUGAGGCAGCAGAGCAAGAUGGGGGGCUAUCGCUAAAGCAUGAAAGGAAAGGCUUUCUGCAGUUCCUGUUGGAGCUUAAUGAGCAUGUAGAUGAUGCAGAAUCGCUUACUUUGCAACAAAUCAAGGCCCUGCUCACGGACAUUGUGGUUGGUGGAACUGACACCACAGCAACAAUGGUGGAAUGGGUAAUGGCUGAGCUGAUGCAACACCCAGAUGACCUGAAAAAAGUUCAACAAGAACUGAAAGAAGUUGUGGGGUUGAAAAACUUGGUUGAAGAGUCUCAUAUACCCAAAUUACAUUAUUUAGAGGCCGUGAUUAAGGAGACAUCUAGAUUGCACCCUGCUCUGCCUCUUCUGGUUCCCCAUUGUCCAAGUCAAUCCACCACCAUUGGAGGCUUCAAAAUACCAAAAGGUUCAAGUGUUUUUUUAAAUGUUUGGGCCAUUCACAGAGACCCUAAUGUUUGGGACAAUCCCUUGGAAUUUAGGCCCAAGAGGUUUCUCAAUGAUCCUCGCAGCAACAACAUUCAUUACAAUGGCAAUAAGUUGGAAUAUCUUCCAUUUGGUUCUGGGAGAAGAAUGUGUCCUGGGAUUCCCUUAGCAGAGAGGAUGAUGAUCUAUGUGUUGGCUUCAUUUUUGCAUUCAUUUGAGUGGAGGUUGCCCAAUGAUGCAAAGCUUGACCUUCAAGACAAAUUUGGGAUUGUGACAAAGAAAAUGACUCCAUUAGUUGUCAUUCCAACACCCAGUGCACCACCACCAGCUGAGCAAAUGAGCAAUUUGAAGCACUUACAAUGGUUUUUCUGGCAAUGGGAGGUGCAGCUGCACCUCCUUGCGCCUUUAUAG